CCGAUGUUCCCCCGGCGCCGGGACGAUGCUGUUCUCCCUGCGGGAGCUGGUGCAGUGGUUGGGUUUCGCCACUUUCGAGCUGUUCCUGCACGGCCUGGCGCUGCUGGCCUUCUCCGUGCUGCUGGUGCUGAAGGUGGACGGGCAGGCCCCGGCUCUCUCCUGGUGGUUCGUCUUCGUCCCUUUCUUCGCCGCCGACGGUCUCAGCACUUAUUUCACCACCAUCGUCUCGGUGAGGCUUUUCCAGGACGGGGAGAAACGUUUGGCCGUGCUGCGGCUCUUCUGGAUCCUCACCAUCCUCAGCCUCAAGUUCGUCUUUGAGAUGCUGCUGUGCCAGAAGCUGGUGGAGCACACGCGGGAGCUGUGGUACGGGCUCAUCAUGUCCCCCGUCUUCAUCCUCCUCCAGCUCCUCAUGAUCAGAGCUUGCCGGGUCAACUGACGGCCAGGGAGCAGGCUCCGGGUCGCUGUCGUCGUCCUCCUCCCCCCCCCCUCUUCUCACCCCCUGUGGCCGGGGUCGUGCUGAGCUCUGCAGGGAAUCCCGGACUCCUGACAAGGACUUUUCCUUCCUGCACGGAGUGUUUGGUAGCAGAGAGGUCACGCAGGUCCUGAGCCCUGUGACCAAGCAUGCUGCUGGGCUGCAUAACGUCAGAGUUCUUCAGAAGCUCCUUUCAUGCUGCCUCCUCCUUUCAGUCCCUUCAAUUCCUGGUGUCAGUGCUGGAACAUCCUGCCCUGCCAGCCCU